CACCACCAUAAGCUAGACAAGGCAAGCAUGGGCCGAGCUCGCAAGCGCACGAUGGACAUGAUCCGCCUGGUGAAGGGCCUGUCCCGCAACGGCGGCAUGCGCCGGCCGGCCUGGGUGCCCAUGGUGGACCGCUUCCCGCCGCCGCCCGUGCCGCGCCAGGACCGCGACAAGCUGCCGGUCAUCACGUUCCCGCAGGACCGGCUGGCCGAGCUCUACAUGAAGCAGCGCGACGGCAUCGUGGACGGCCAGACGGCCUACGAGUUCGCCGACGAGCAGCUGACGCUCAUCGAGCACGGCAUCCCGGAGGAGGAUGCCUUCAACAUGCUCAUCGAGAAGUACGACCAGGUGGAGAGCCACCGCUUCCUCGACAAGUUCUCCAAGAUGCGCGGCAUCGAGUUCGCCGACCCGGCCGAGUACGACGACAUCGAGAAGGGCUGGGUGGAGGCCGAGAGCCGCGCCAUCAAGGAGGCCAUGCGCCUCGAGCACGAGGAGGAGGAGGCCCUCCGGAACAUGUAG